AUGGUCUUUGGAAAGGAUAGAGAGCACAAGCCUCAAGAGACGGCGGAGAUCCCCAGCCAUCUCACUGACUUGCACUGCUUCACAGAGACUGAAGGCGUAGUCACCACCACCAUGAUGGAUCUCCCCGGUUACCGCAUCGAGCAGGUCCUCGGAACGGUCUAUGGCAUCACUGUGCGGUCGCGCAACAUUGGCGCCAGCUUCGGUAUGGCCCUCAAGAGCAUGGCUGGCGGAGAGCUCCGUUGGUUCACGUCGAUGCUGUACUCAUGUCGCAACGACUCCAUCAGCAGAGUGGUGGACGAGUGCAAGAAGAGGGGGGGCAACGCCAUCAUCUGCCUGAGGUUCGACGCCGGCGAUAUGGGUGGCUUUGCACAGACGGCGGCGUAUGGGACAGCGUGCCGAGUGGUCAAGAUUGACGAGAGCGUGACGGUACCACCGCAACUACAGGCACUGGCCCAGUGA